AAGGUUAAGAAUGUUGCGAAUACUUAGUUUAAAAUCUUUCCAAACCCCACAAAUUUUUAUUAAAAAUCGAUUAUGCGAGGUGAUACAAUUUAGAAAACUCAAUUUAUUAGAAUAUCAAAGCAAAGAGCUUUUAAGGGACUGUGGUAUAUCUGUACAAAAUUUCGCCAUCAUUGAUGAUUUAAACAAAGCCAGCUCUGCUCUAAAGAAUUUAUAUGCAAAUGAAUAUGUUAUCAAAGCUCAAGUAUUGGCAGGAGGACGUGGUAAAGGAUGGUUCAACAAUGGUUUUAAAGGUGGUGUACAUCUUACAAAGGAUCCCAAAGAAGUAGUAGAUGUUGCAAAGAAUAUGUUAGGUCAUCGGCUGAUUACUAAACAAACUUCAAAGGAUGGCAUUCUGGUACAAAAAGUUAUGAUAGCUGAAUCUGUUGAUAUUGUUUCUGAAAAAUAUAUUUGCAUUCUGAUGGAUCGACAACAUAAUGGACCAGUAAUAAUCGCCUCUCCACUGGGUGGUAUGGACAUUGAAGCUAUUGCUAAAGAACAACCUGAAUUAAUAAAAACUGUACCAUUGGAUAUAUAUAAUGGGAUUAAUGAUGCUAUUGCCAAAGAUAUCAGUAAUUUCUUAGGAUUUAGUGACCCAGAGGUACAUAAGAAAGCAAUUUACGAAUUGAAGAGUUUAUGGAAAUUAUUUGUUGAUAUUGAUGCUUUACAAAUUGAAAUCAACCCAUUAGUAUUAACCAAAGAUAAACAAGUUGUUGCAGUAGAUGCCAAAAUUUCAUUUGAUGAUAAUGCACAAUUUAGACAGCAAGAGCUUUUUGCUUUAGAAGAUACUAAUGAAAAGGAUCCAAGAGAAGUAGAUGCAUUACAUUUUAAUUUAAAUUACAUCGGAAUGGAUGGGAAUAUUGGAUGUUUAGUUAAUGGAGCUGGUUUAGCUAUGGCAACAAUGGAUAUUAUCCAAUUAAAUGGAGGAAACCCUGCUAAUUUUUUAGAUGUAGGUGGAAAUGUAAAAGAGGACCAAGUUUAUCAAGCAUUUCGUAUUUUAAAUGAAGAUCCAAAAGUAAAAGCUAUUCUUGUUAAUGUAUUUGGUGGAAUCGUAAAUUGUACUACCAUAGCAAAUGGAAUUAUAGCAGCUGCACGAAAUUUAGGUCUUAAAAUACCUCUUGUGGUUCGAUUAGAAGGUACUAAUGUAAAUGAAGCAAAAAAGACUCUUAGAGACUCCGGCUUGCCAAUAAUUACAGCUAAUGACUUAGAUGAAGCAGCAAGAAAAGCUGUUAUGUCUAUAAAAACAUAAAUACAUUGCUAUUUUCUUAUAACUAUAUAACCUCCUAAAGACUGGAAAUCUACGGUUGUGAUUUGUAGUGUUGUAGAUUUUAAUACAAAAAAGAUUCAUAUAAUAUAACUUGCACAGUUUUUUCAUAAA